CUUCGGUGCGGAGGCAUCAUGGAGGAGCGUUCCGACAAGCCCGUGGAGGCCCUGCCGCCGGGUCUCGAGAAGCGCAUUGCGUGGGAUGACCUGGACAAGACCAAGUAUUAUAUCGUUGGCCCCAGCGUCAUGGUGUUUGUGCGGGCAGCGGUGUAUCCCAGCAACUUGGUCAAAACUCGUCUCCAAAUUCAAAGUCGCCGCCAUCCUUUGUACACGGGCACAUUUGACGCAUUCCGAAAGAUCGUGCGGCAGGAAGGAUUCCUUGGUUUGUACAAAGGUUUUGGGGCGAGUCUUCUGAACAUUGUCAUUGGAAACCUCUAUAUCACGGUGUACGAGAUCGUCAACCAGUUUGCCAUGCAAAGCCUGACGUCAAACCCAAGCAUGGCCAAUUUCAUAUCUGGCGCGACUGCGUCCGUGAUCAACCAAACCGUGAUUGUACCACUCGACAUAGUCUCUCAACGCAUGAUGAUUGAUGGCCAAGGGGUACAGGCUGCCUCGAAGGCGAAGACACUCGGUCUGCUCAGCAUCUCUCGAGAUAUCUUCAGGAAGCAGGGAAUCCUGGGGUUCUACAAGGGCUAUAUCCCCUCUGUGCUGACCUACGCCCCAUCAUCCGGCAUUUGGUGGGGCUUCUACGGCGCCGUCUGGCCUGUGUUUUACGCCAACAUCCCAUUUGACAUGGAGCCCAUGCCCAAGCAGAUCGUGGCACAAGCCAUUGGCGGUGGCUCUGCAGGCGUCUUCACUGCCAUCUUGACCAACCCCAUGGACGUCAUUCGAACGCGAACACAAAUUUACACUCAAUAUGGUGCUAUCGAUACGUUUCGGCAUCUCAUUCGCAAGGAAGGCGCGGCGGGCCUGAUGUCGGGGGCAUUUGCGCGAGUGCUGUCGAUGGGCCCGUCCGGCGUGCUCAUCAUUUCAGCGUAUGAACUAGUCAAGAGGUUGUCGAGGAAAACGGAGUCUGUUAGUUAAUCUAGUUACUUCGUUCGCCUCUGGCCGACGUGUG